AUGACGACGGCAAGUUUACCCAGGGUUCCCGAGGGACUACGGGACCUAAUGAAGGUCUAUACCAAGGAGGUGUUACGUGAAAAGCCGGCUGACUUGUAUGGCUUUUCGGCCAGCUUUUUCAACAUGAUUGUUGGCGAAAAAUCGCAUCAAUCGGUGCGAAAAUACGAACCGUUGCAAACUUACGAAACCAUCAUGAAAAACCGCAUACGUCAGCAGGUGCCCCUUUCUAUGGUGUUCAAUAUAAUACCGGAAAAACUCACCGACCUCAUCAAGCAAUUUAUAAAGGCAGUUCUUAGAGAGAAACCCGAUAACAUAUACAUAUUCGCACAGGAGUACUUUCAGCGGAUGUCCAAGGAAAAGUCGGGUCGAAUCGAGUACGGCAAGUACGCGUCCUACGAAAAGUCCUUGAAGGACAAAGAAAACGUAGCUCCUGCAUCGAAAGUGACCUGCGAGUGUGGUCGAGUACUGAGUGCGAGUAAGAAGGAUGUGGGAAACACCGCCUCCGUAUAUACAGACAACAAAUUGGCCGAGGCGGAUCAGCGAGCAUUUUCCAGCAGAAUUACCUACAUACAAUCGGUCGUCAUCAUUCAACGACAUUUUCGCAGAUAUCUCAGCCAGCGGAAAAUAGCUCGCAACAAGGACAAAUGCAAUAGCUUCGAGUACGUGGCAGCUGUCCUGCUGAUUCAAAGGCAGGUGCGUCGCUAUUUGGCCACGAAGCGAGUGGAAAAACUUAAAAAUUCACGUGACGCACAAAAACCCGAUGCUAAGCCCAAAGCUGCCGACUAUAUGAAAGCCGUUGUGGUCAUACAACGACAUUAUCGCAUAUAUUUGAAAAAGAAGCGGGCGCAAAAUCGAUUGCAGCACGGCCCAGUAUCCCUAGCAACAGCAGCCAUCAUAAUCCAAAGAGCCUACCGCAGAAUGGUGGCACGGCAUAGGGCCAAGAGAACCACAUCCUCCGGCACAGAUCAGGCCGAGGAACUCAAUGACAAUGCCUCCGAGACCGGGUCCUACACAUCCGUCUCCACCGCCCUGCUUUCCACGGAAUCCACCGAGCUGGGAAUGGCGAACUUCGAGGAACGAGUCCAUCAAAAAAUAAUUCACGAGGACGAGGAAGUGGAGAACAGCAAUAUGGAUGGCAGCCUUGAGAAGGAGUAUUUCGAGGAAGACAUUAAGGGCGAGCGAAAGUCGAUAAGUUUAGGGAAAAGCGAAAUUCUUAGCGGUGCCCUAAUUGAAAGCAUGAUUUGCAAACCUGAUUUGCAAAACAUCCAGGAUUUAAACGAAUCCAAAGAAUUCGAUGUGGAAUUGGAGAAAAAUGAGCACCCAGCUAAACCUGAAGAACACAUUGCUGAUGAGCAGAUAAUUAUUCAAGAUCCUGAACCGAAAGUUAAAGUUGAUUAUAAAACAAGUCUAGACCUAGAAUUGAUGCCUCAAAUCGAAGUAAAAGCUGAAAAUAAAAGUAAAGAUUAUCAGUCGACAAGCGAGGAUCAGGUAAAAUCUAAUAAAAGCAGCUUGGAUGUGGAACCGGAAACGCCAGUGGAGCCCCAGGAUAAACCGGAUUCAGGAGAUCCAGAUAGCAAAACUGAGGACGAAAUUAAAGUGGAUCCACUUAACUCCGACUCUUAUCAAAUUGAAGAAAAUAAAUUAAUUGGUAAGAUUGCGGAAUCGGCAAUUAAAGCUGAAGACUCAAGCACUGAUCUUCUAGAAGAGGUUCGCGAAGGUGAAGACAGCACAUUACCUAGUAAAAUUGAGAAAAAAGAAAGUGAUGAUGUACAAGAAAAUAUUGUGGAACAGGCUAUGGCCUCAUCUGAUGAAGCGAAAAAUGGCGAAAAAGAUAAUACCCACUUUUCGCCCAGUGAAAUAGUUCCGCCGCCUAAAGUUCUAAACUCUGGAAGCCAAUUGCAGGAAGUUCCAAUCAAAAGCGAAAUUACUCCCACAGUUUCGAUUGAAAUUGAGCAUGUCGAAGACAUUUUAGAAGAUUCAUUAGCAAGCCCUCAUGAUUCUAAAGCUAACGAUUUAACUGAAGGGGUAUCGCUAGCAGAAGAGACCAAGAGUAUCCCCAAUGUAGAAGUAGAUAGCUUGAAGAGCAUCCUAGUCAAUCAUAAUCUAGAAGCUCGGGAGCAAGGUACACAAGACGACAAAAAUGUGGAAGCAUCUGCUGCGAUACAAACGAUUGUUUCAGAUGAGGCGACUCAAUCUUCAGAUACACAUGAAAAGAUUAGAGAAAAGAGAAGCAUUGAAGAUGAAGACAUUGUUCAAUCAAAUUUAGAAUCUCAGGAUGUGUUGAUUACCGAAAGCCCAGUUGAUCAAGAAGCAAUUCAGAUAACCAAUGAUCAGAAACAGGAGUUGGGUGGACAAUCGGAAAUAAUACCUAAAGUGGAAGAUGUGCCGAAAACAGCACCAAAUAAAAAAGAAGAUGAUGUUGCUGAAGGCAGCACUGAAAAAGUAGAGAUAAAUAAAGAAGAACCAAUAAAAGAAAUCGUUAAAUCACCAAAUCAUGAAAUAUCACUGGACAAAGUGUUCGAAACUGAUCCCAAUACAGAUUAUCAUGAACUCACAGAAACGAGCCGCGAACGAAUGAUGGAUUUACCACCUGAAGAUCAAAUAGUUGAACGUAGUACCUCAAGCUCAGCAGAGGAAACCCUUUUGCCAGAAGUUAAAAAAGAAACCAAAUCUAUGUAUGAAUUAGAAACGUCGAAAGAGGACUCUGGACUUGUAAUACAUUCCAAAAGUAAUUUAGCAGAACAAAACCUUACAAAAAAUGUAGAACAAUUGGAUAAACCUUUUGAUGACUCCCCGAAGGAACUAGAAAACUUACAGGAUAAAAUGAAAAAACCAUCACAAGAGGAAAUCAUUUUAAUUGAAUCUGAAGGUUUAGAAACUAAUGUAUCAUCUCCAGCUAAAAAUAGAAUUUUUAGUACAAAUAAUUCUGAAGAAAUAAAUUCUGAAAAUAAUUCACAAAAUGUAGAAGUCAUUACUGAACCGACUGAGCUAAACAAGGAAACAGACUUAUCAGAAGAACAUGAUGAUAAUGAAAAGAUUAUACCCACUGAACGUGAAAUUCAGGACGCAACAAGCAGAACGGAACUCUCUGUCAUUGAUUGUAAUAUAUCAAUUGACCAAUCUGAAAGCUUAAGAGUUGAACAACAGCACUCCGAAGAAAAAGUAAGUGAAAAUCAAGAAAUAAAGGACGAAGCUGCUAAGAUAGGUAAAUUAACACCCGAAAACUCCGAUGCCAAUGCAAAUGACCUAGAAUCAUAUAAAGAAAAGGCUCCAAUUAAAGAUAGUAAACUAGAAGGAGAAAUUGCGGAAUCCGAAACUGUAUCUGAACAAUCGGAGGAGAAAAUUCCCAUUCUAAUCGAAUCUGAGUCUGUGCAAGCUGAAGAUGGUAAAUUCAUAGAUGAGACGACGGAAUCUUCAGAGGAUGCAGAAGAUAAAAACAAAGGUGUUGAAGAAAUAAUUGAUAUCAUAGGAAACGAAUUGUCAACUUCACUUGAAAGCCCUCCUUCAUCCGAAAAAGAAGAGUCAACUUCUCUUGAAAAACAGCCUUCAUUAGAAAAUGAAAAGUCAGCGUCACUUGAAAAACAGCCUUCAUUAGAAAAAGAGAAGUCAACGUCAUUUGAAAAAGAGAAGUCAAUGUCACUGGAUAAACAGCUUUCAGCUAAAAAAGAAAGGUCUACUUCAUUUGAUGAACAACCUUCAGCUGAUAUACACACCGAUCCUUUGCAAGAGUCCCAACAAGUCGAUGGGGAAAUGUCCAUGGGAAAAGCUAUUGUGGACUUACCUACAACUAAGGUUGAGUCUGUUAACAGCCAGUUAGAAAAGAAACCCAUUUCUCAAGAAUUGGAGGACGUACAAGCUGAAGUUAGUACCGACAAGGAAACGGGAGAACCAUUUAACUUUUCAUCUGAAAAACAGAAAGGUGAAACUGAAGCAUCAAAUAAAACCAGCAAUACAACAAGCAAAGAUAUCCCAGGCGAAUAUAGUAUAGAUCACACAAAAUUAGAACCAGUAUCUGAAAAAGUCAUUGAAAGCAUGGAGACCAGGGAUGUUGAUGCCGUUGAGCUUGAAGGUGUUUCUUCAGAUGAUCCAACAAAAUCUGGUGAAACCGAAACGAAACUAAAGGAAGAAGUUAACGAGGAUAAAGAUACUUUGGAGCCAAGACCCGAAAAUGAAUCACCCCAAAAUCCCGAACAGAGAAACUCUCCAUUGCUUGUAUCUAAUCAAUUAAUUGGCACCCAAAAUUUACCUACUAACCAUAUUGAGAUCGAAAAGACCACCAAGAAGUUAUCUAGCCCUAGUGUAAGAGAAAAAGAUAUUGGCACCCCAACAUCGGGUCGACUUGUGCCCACACCCAUAGCUGAGUUGCAGCUCAAGUCAUUCAAGACUCCCAACGACGAUGGCGCCUGGUAUGAUAUGUAUGUGGAGCCCAAGGUGACCACUGGUAGAGAUUUGGAAGUCCCUCUAGCACCGGUUGAAGUCAAAAGACCGGAUUCGGGUAAAAAAGUAGCUUCUGUUGUAGAAGAACCUACUAUAAUCUCAGAGAGAGCACCAAGUUACUAUACACCCCAGGAAAUUGUAGAAACUGUAAGACCGAAACCAAUGAAUUCAGUUUCCUUUUUUGUUUCAUUCGAUUCGGAUGAUGGAAAACCCAAAUACAAGAUACCAAAAAGAUUUCGAAAUCAACCGGAUCAGGAUAAUAAGAAAGUAGGUGAAGAUAUUGCAGCUACUCAAUCGGAAUCAGAUAUCGAUUCUAACGAGGAGGAAAUCGAAAUUAUUGAAGUUGAAGAAGGCGAUCCUGAGUAUCAGCAAACCGGCGGAUCCAAACUGCAAACCAUAAUGGAACUUGAUAAUGAAAAUGAACAGACCACUGAAUAUAACAGUCAAGGCCGACCCUUUGAAUUAAAAGAGAAUGAAAGUUAUCUGAUAAAAUCAAAAUCUCCCUUAAAUUAUAUUAAGGGAUUUGAGUCAGCUUACAAAACAGACAUUUUAAAUAUCACAAGAUCUGUGCAAGUCAUAGAAAGAGCUUACAAACGGUUCAAGAAUAGGACUUCUUUAAAAAGCGAAUCUGAUUUUGAAAAACAAAACCGGGCUGCAAAAGUUAUUCAAAAGUGGCUUCGGAAUUCCCUCAAUCAGAAAGCUCAAAAAUCAAAACAAGGUCUUGCUGCGAAGAAAAUUCAAAGAGCUUAUCGAAGAUAUGUUGAAAAGGCCAAGGAAAGAACUCAAAAACAGGAAAUGGCUGCACUCAUAAUCCAAAAGGCAUUCAAACGAUAUUCUCAUAGGAUCCGCACGGAACUGAAUAAAACUCAAUCCCUAGUUGACACAGAACUUGAGCAAAGUAAGGCUGCUUCUAAAAUCCAAAGGGCUUAUAGGAGAUAUCUAAAAUUACAGUCUGCAAGACACCAAGCGACUGGUAGUCCAGUAAAAUACGAUUCAAAGUCAUCUGAAUCCAAAAUAGUGAAUAAAUUAAAAUCUAAUGAAGAACAGGAAAUUAGUUUGAUGCCAAUUUCCACUCUGAAAUUAUCUGUUGACCCAGAAAUCAUAAACGAAUUGCAACCUGAAGAGCUUCAAGAUUUUCUAAAGGAUUUAACUGAAAAAAACGAAAAUGUAAUGGAAUUAAAGAAGGAGGGGUUUAAAGAGGAAGAAGCCCCUUUGAAGGUCGUUUCAAGCCCAGUUAAUUCGGCAAGUGUAUCUGCAGAAGUUGAGAAACCUUUGGGAGCAUUGGAAUCAGAAAGUCACCCAGAUGAAGAACAGGUUGCGGAAACCAUUUCAAAACCAAUCAAUUUGACACAGUUAAGUAAAGAACCUAAAAAAAUUAAGAAGUUAAAUUCGGAUGAAUUCCAGGAAGAAGAAAUCUUUUCAAAAGUCAAUUCAACUCCAACUUAUUCGCAAAAAUCAUCUGAUACAGUACAAGAUCCCAAUGAAUUGCAGCCUCUGGAACAGCAUAAAUUAAAAGACGCUACAAAAGCUGACAACAAUAACAAAAUUAUAAAUUUACAGACUGAAAAAGAAAAUCAGUCAAAAGAAACUAAUCAUAAUGAUAAGCCAGAAAUGAACACAGAACUGCAGACACAUCCUUUAAAGGAUGAUCUCGUAGGAAAGUCAAGUGCAGCUCUAAUAAUACAAAGAGCGUUCAGGCAAUAUAUGGAACGAAGAAAGCUUGAAAAUUUCGAGGAUAGCUCUAUUGAUUCCAUUACCAGCUCCCGCAUAACGGCCAUAGAGACAACCAACUACCCAAGUGCAGGAACACCAUCAGAAAGUUUAGUUCAGGAAGCUAUCGGAGAGCCAGGGGAUAGUGCAGAAGAUACUUCUAAGAUCGAACCAAAGUCCGAGUGGUUUGUGGGGUCAACUCGCAUAAUACCAAGCCAGGGAGUCGUUGAAGGAGCUGUUGCGGUGGACACCAAUCCGGAUCCAGCUGCAAUUGCAACCACAAGUAAAGCCGAGCUCACCACCAGCACGCAAGUAGAAUCAGUUGAAACAGUAGAUAGAACGCAUGGCUCGCUUGAAUCUAAAUUAAAUCCUGGUACCAUAAUCGAUGAGAGUCUAGGCGGUGCAUCCGAAAAGGAUAAUGCAAUCUCUUCUGGUUUAGCAGGUUUAGCGGAAGCUUUCGAGGAUCGUCUUGAUUCAGUGGAGGAUCCCCUUCUCCUUUCGCAAUCCGAUUUUGGUGGGCUCGUACACUCUCUGGACAUCGCCUCAACUCAAGAACUGCUUAACGCUUUCCUGCAAAACGAGAUUGAAUAUUCUUCUAAACAAGGACCGUUUCCAAGUGCUGGACUUCCUCAAGAAGUUAUUGAGGAGCCUUGUAUAAAAAGAUCCGCUUCACUGGUCAAUGUUUCCGAAGGUGAAUCAGAACCGGACAUUGCUAGUCAGAAAGUCGAGAAUACAGAUUCUUCUAUAUCUGAAACUACGGGCUUGGACACACUAUCUGCAGAUACAAUAGACAAAGCCACUGUUAAGUUAUCCAAGCCAGAGGAAGUAAUUGAAAAAAUGUCUCAGCUUCGGGACUCAAAGUCCCACGAGAGGAUUUCCUCAGCAGAUCCCAGUUUCGAUGAGCCCGUGAUCCGACCCAUGAGUUCUCUGCAGGAGCAAUCCAGCCUGGACAUCGAGGAUGGAGACAUCAUCGUAUACAACCGGCUGCAGCGGGAUGAAACUAGGGAGAGCUCUGCUCAAAGCGAUUCCGUGGUCUUCGGUGAUGCAGAGGCCGAAAAUAACCAAGAGAAGGAGUUGCUUAAUGAGGAAUCCGGAAGGGUGCAUUUGAUGAGGCACUACACCAUCGCAGGAGAUGAUCCGCGCGGACUAUUCCGAUCUGUGACCAUCGAUGAUGCACUGAGUUAUGUGGAAAACGGGGCUAAUGGUAUGGGCGCGAGUAGUUUCUGUUUGGACGACGAAACCUCGGAGAACAUUCGCAAGAAGAUGAUGGCCUACUCGUUGUCGGAAACGGAUUCCGAUUACUUUGAUCCGAAAAAGGUCAGCAGCGAGGACUUUGACAUAGACACGGCCAUGGCAGAUGCCAUGGGCACAUCCACUGAAACGGAAUCCACCAUUGUUUCGGCGGCCACAAAGAUCCAGGCAGGAGCUCGUGGCUUCCUCACCAGGCGACGAUUGCGGCGGGCUAGUGCUGGCACCAAGUCAUCCACGUUGGACACGAAGGCAUCCUUUGGUAACGAUGCGAUCAGCGAGUCCUUGGAACGAUUCAUCGAGGAGGAGGCGGCUAAGAAGAUACAAGCCGCAUACCGGAUGCACACACGAAAGCGCAAGGGUCAUAGCCGGAAAAUGGAAGGCAUCAGCUUGGAGAGCAACCUGGCCGCCAGGCGCCAGAAGUUGCAGCGCGGGGAUGCACUUCGAAACGAUUCCACUCCGGAUGAUGAGAACAGUUUGAUGGUCAUUGCAGGCAAAGCCCCAAAGGGUGCUAGAACCCAGAGAAGCAAAACCGUUGGCGAGGCAAAGUCAAGUGCCGACAUGGAAUUGCGGUGGCUGAAAAUGCGGCAGAACUCAAUGCCCGUGCAAAUUGAUUGCGAAGUUUUCAGAGUAAUCCCCAAACACAUGCGAAAACGCAUAAAAAGCGCCGAGGCGAACAAAAGAAAAUAA